AUGUUUGUCAUUCACAAAUUACUUAUGAUCGUUACUGCAUACGAAACGAGUUGUGCAGUGCACGGCAGCCCGCACCUCAACGCUCCCCGCCCUCUACCUGUGUGUGCAGGCGCCCGCAUCUCGCCCCUCCUCCUGGCUCCCUCCCCGCCUGCUCUCCGUGAUCCCUGCACCGUGGCAGGAGCUGCUGGAACAUCCACGCACCGCACUGCACCACAUUGCAUGGCAGUACAGGGAUGCAGCAGGUAUGAGUGCCAUGGGCAGCAGCUCGCAAGCAAACCACUUGCUGCUGCCACUGUCCUUCUGUACCUUCCUCUGCCAUGUGUUGUGCGCACUGCCCCUCGCAUCCCCUGCACCGCCUUCACCUCGUGCCAUGGCCACGUGCCCCUCUUCCCCCGCCCGCUUGAGCAGCAUUGCAGGUGGAGGCCACAGGGCGGGGCAGUGCGGGCGCACACGAGCAUGAGUCCAGCAGCGGCAUACCGCAUGGCCAUGUGCGCCCUCAACACGCAUGCGGGUGUGCUGGAAGUGCUGGGAGCACCGCUGCUGGGAGCGCCUGUGAGGGCGUACGUGCAGGGGGGCGGGGGCAUAGUGCUGUCGGGCAUGGCUGUGCGUGCUGCCCCGCGGGACUGCUGGCUGGUGUUCCCUGUGCGCGGUGCAGAGGGGCGUGGUGUGGUGCAAGUGCACGUGCACCGCCACAACGGGCAGUACGACCUGCGGCUGGUGGCGGUGGAUGUGGCAGCCGGCAGUGCAGGCAGCGAGUGCGUGGUGGUGGUGGGCGACCAUGCUGCUCUCUCCCGUGCACAGCCCUUGCUGCAAGGGCUCAGGCACGCACUGGACAAUGCGCAAGGCGGGCGAGCAGGGGCAGAGACGAGGGCUGUGGAGAAUGCCCAGCAAGAACAGGGCUGA